UUCAGGAAUAAAAAUGCAAAUUGAAUCAAUCCACGAGUUCCUUCAUCAUUCUUUGGUUUCUGUUUUCUAACUUUUCUUUGUUUUUUUUUAAAUUAAAAACUGCAAACCAAAAACAACAAUAACAAAGAGCAUUAAGUGAGAUUAACAAGUGAGUUUGAGUGCUCUUAUUCUUCCUGGAGCAUAGAACCACAAGUUAGAUUAGGUUUGUACUCAGAUUCAAAUUGAACCUAUUUACUCCAGGUGGGUUGAAGCAAUGAAUCAGUGAACCGUGAUCUUCUUUUAGAAUAAAACCAACACAAUUGAAAUUACAAUUGACAACAUAUUUAAACUGAUUUUUGAGAGCUUUCGUAGAGCCACCAACGUAGUUAAAGUUAUUUAUUCUUAACUUUAAAGCAACAGAUAACAAAUUGCGUAAAAUAAGCUGUGACAUGAUACAAAUACAUUUUUGUUUAGACAAAAUCUAGGUGUUAACUAAAUGAGUAUCAACUAAGAGAAUUGCGUAAUGAAAACAAAUGAAAACACUAAAAAUAAAAUGGAGAAAGUGAAACUAAAAAGAUAAUUAUGAAAUUUAAUUUCUGUUUUCCUAACCUACUCCUUUCUUCUCUUCUACUUCUACCCCAUAUACAGACGGCGUCCUUCCCAGAUCUCGGGUUCUUUCAAAAUGACAAUGAUUGGGAUGCGCAGGACCUGUUUAUUCCUAAACUACGAAGACGAAAAAGAUCGACCAGGGACGCAGAUAGUUCUGCAGCUGUUGAAUUCAAGUUUACAGCUCUGGGAAGAAAAUUUGAUUUUUCACUUACAGAAACCUCGCCUCCGCUCACGAACCAUUCAGUUCUUAUGGUCCGCAGAGAUGAUUCUACAGAUAUUCUAGAUUUAUCAUCCUUCUCUCAAUCAUGUCUCUACAAGGGUGUAUCUAGAACUGAAACUGGGGAGAAAAUGGCGAUUAAUCUAUGCGCUGGAUUUCGAGGAGUUUUAACCUCAGAAACAGAUUACUACGUGAUUAAACCCCUGGCAGGAGGCUCCAGGAAGGAGGAGUGGAGAGAAGGGGACGGGAGAAGGGGAAGGAGGAAAAAACGAGAUUUAGAAUACUGGACUCCAGGUCCCCAUCUUAUCUUUAGGAAAGCAAAAUGGAAAGAGCCGUGUGCACAUAGUUCAUCGGAUCUUAAACAAAAUAAAACAACAAAUUCUGAUUUCUCACGUGUCCAGAGAAGAUAUCUUCAAGUUCAUCCUGAUACAUUUAUCCCUAAUUCAUUUAAGGGUGAGGAAAGAAUAUGGGAUGACCAUUUAUACUUCCCCAACGGAGGAGACGAAUCUCGAACCCGUCCUGAACCAGGAUACAGGGAUUCAUUCUAUCCCGGAGCUGCUAAACCUGAACUUCGUCCUCAAGAUGAGUUUCGUUCCAGAGAGAAAUACUUCAUGGAGCUUGCGGUUUUCAUAGAUCGGGAUCUACAUAGGUAUAUGGCGGAGAAUUUUCCUUUAAAUACUGACGAGAAUAUAGUUCAGGUUGUUCUAGCGAUCAUAAAUGCGGUUGAACUCCUGUACUCAGAUCCAAGCCUAGGAGUAAAUAUGAAGUUUCUCAUCAAACGUUUAGAAAUACUCCAGGCUGAUCCUCCGGGCCUUGUCAGAUCUUAUGACAUAGAUCGAUAUUUGCACAGUUUUUGCCAAUGGCAGAUGCAUGAAAACCCUCCUCCUAGUUCAGAGCUUAACUGGGAUCAUGCUCUUGUUCUCACAGGUCUUGAUGUUCAUGUUGUGGAUAGAUCAGGGAAACUAGCUAAUCAGGUUGUGGGUUUAGCACCUGUAUCAGGAAUGUGCAAUGCUGCGACCUCGUGUACAGUUAACGAAGGUCGCCAUUUUGAAUCAGUUUAUGUCAUGGCGCAUGAGAUUGGGCACAAUUUAGGGAUGAACCAUGAUGGUCCAGAGUCAAACAAUGACUGCAGUCCAGGAGAUUAUAUAAUGUCUCCAACCCUGGGAAGUGGAAAAAUUCGCUGGUCUUCGUGUUCAAGAAAAUAUCUGAGGGAUUUUCUUUCCUCUUCACAGGCUUUCUGUUUGAAAGACGAAGGAAAAGUCCAGCUAGAGCACUCAUUUUCUCCUGAAAAACUACCCGGAGAGAGGUUUCCUGCAGACUUGCAGUGUAAGCUGAGAUAUGGACCUAAAAGCACACAUGCACACCAACAAAACAGCAGAGAGGUGUGCAGAGAUCUACAUUGUAGAAGAGAACAUUUUACCUGGACUUCCCAUCCAGCCUUAGAGGGCACUAGUUGUGGUUCAGGGAGCUGGUGUAAAAGAGGAGUCUGUGUCUCCAGAAAUAUUUUAACUGAUCCUGCAAUAUCGUCUUCUAUCCAGGGAGAAUGGUCUGACUGGACAAGAACGGAGUGUAGUUCUCCUUGUCUGUAUCCUAGCUCAGGGUACAAGCUAGAGCAGGACGAUGGAUCAGGACCAAGGAGCCUGGUAGAUGGAAGCUCCGGGAUAAUAAUAUCCUCUAGAACCUGCUCUACAUCCUUCCCUCAAUCCAGUCAGCUGUUUUGCCCCGGGUCUGCCUACAUGUACUCUACUUGUAGCAGUGUCAAGGAAUGUAUGAGUGUUCCACGUGCAAGCGUUUUAGAUUAUUCCAGAGAGCUCUGUACUACAGCCAGUCAUUCAGAUGCAGAUAUUCUUCCAUUUGGAGACAUGAACGCUCUAGAUAAUCCAGAUCCUGAUCUAGCCUGCAGGAUAUCUUGUUUUACUAUAGAAAAGCGACUGAUCUCGAAGAACUGGUUUUUCCCCGAUGGAACUCGUUGUUAUAUUAAAGGGGUUGAAAACAGUUUCUGUAUCCAUGGAGUUUGUGAGAAGUUUUCCUGUCUUGAUCCGUCCCAACCUAGUCCAGCUUAUCCAAACCAUGCUCCGCUCUACUCUACCAACAAACCAGAGCAGAUUCACAUUCUGGACCCGUCCUUCUGUACAUUGAAGAGCGAGAAACCCAACCUGAACUAUCUAAACACAGAUAUUGAAUCCACUCGACUUACAAGAUUAACCAACUUCAAUGGAGGGAGUACCCCUGUUAGCUGGAGUACUUGGAGUGCUUGGAGACCGGAUUCUAAAUGUGUUUUUUCAUGUCUUGUCCCGGCCAGAGGGUUGCAAAUGAUGAGUAGAAGAUGUGAAUAUCCUCCCUGUACUGGUCUCAGCUCUACAAUAAGCAUCUGUGAGGACAUAAGCUCUGACUGUAGUAAACUACAAACUCCAUUCCAGUUUGCUUCUCAGCUCUGUGCAAGGUUUCAGUUGAUAAAAUUGUCUGGUAUUGGGAUGCAGUUGAGUUCAACUGAUGAGGAUCCGGAUCGAGGUUGCAGGAUAGCUUGUCAGGACAGUAGUAUAUCCUACAGGUUCUAUAUGGUAUUUGGAGAGAAGGGAUUGUAUCCUAAUGGGACGAAUGAUUAUGAAUUUAAUCUGAAUGGAGAAAUUAUUACUUUGCCCUAUGCUUACGAUUUUUGCCUGAUAACAACAGAUCUAAGAAAACAUCAAAAUAUUCAAAAUGAAAUAAAAUCCAAGAUUGAAAGUAUGGGAAUGAGAUUAAAACCAGCAAAAUGUAGAUAUUUUCCACCAGAUCAGGUGUACCUAGCAGAAUAAACUUUACUAUUGGUGAAACUGAAAUUCCAAAUAUAUUUCAAAAAGAGCAGAAAUUCCUUGGCAAACUUCUAUUUCCUACGGGUAAACUUAGUGAUGCAUUUGAUUACAUCAAGAGGGAAUUUGAAACAAAACUCAUAAAUAUAAAUACAUUUCUUAUUCGGGAUGAAUAUAACGUCUGGAUCUACAAACAUUAUUUCAUUCCUUCUAUUCGAUUUCUGCUCACUGUUCAUACAAUAUCACAAAGUCAUCUGAAGAAAAUAGAUACAUUCACAGAUAAAUUUGUGAAAAAAUGGAUUGGAUUACCACCCUAUACUGCUCUACACUUGAAACCUGCCCUAGACAUCACUUCAAUAUCAACCCUGUACAAAACAACUAUGACGCAAGCAUACACUAGAAUAAGAAUACUGGGUGAUGAAACAGUUAACUCUGCCUUACAAGUAGACAGGGGAAAAAAAUUGGCUCCGCAAAAAUUCCAUCUAAGACUAUGCAGAAAAAAUGUUUCAACAAGCCAAAUUAGAGAACUAUGGUCAAGCAGAAAUGCCUGAGUGGGAUGACCAAGCUUGCAAACGUCAAUGGUACGAAAAAAAUGGUAUCCUGAUGGGACGGAUUAUAUAUUCUUCAUUUUCAUGUUCUAUAUGGUAUCUGGAGAGAAAGGAUUGUAUCCUGAUGGAACAGAUUAUAU